AUGGCAUCCCCCCGUGCUUCAUCUCCUCUUGCAUCCGGCACCGAAUCCGGCCCAGACAGCAAGGUCGCUGCUGGCGCCGCCGCAUCUGGCUCUGCCGUCAACCGUCCUUCAUCACCUACUCCCCCCGGUGGUCCUCGUACUGCUCUCCGUCGCCGCGCUGCUGCCGACCACAAAGAAUCGCUGCGUAACGCGCGACCAACCUCUACCCGUGCUGCUGGCGCCGGUGGCUCGUCCGGUACUAUGUUGAAGCUCUACACUGAUGAGAGCCCCGGUCUCCGAGUUGACCCUGUUGUUGUUUUGGUUUUGAGUUUGGGAUUUAUCUUUUCUGUUGUUGGAUUGCAUGUUAUCGCCAAGAUUACUCGCAACUUCUCUUCAUAA